UGACCGCAGUGAAGAAAUAACUAGCUAACAAUGUUGCUCAUUAUAUUAAUCACUAUUUUGAGUUCAGUGCUGUUCUACUUAAUUCUCAAGCCCAAUAAUUAUUGGAAGAAGAGAAAUGUACUGCAAGUCGGAGACAUAAUGCUAAAAUUCAUGAUCAAUAAGGUAUCAUUACCAGAAAUUUGUAAAAAAGUCUGUGACGAACACAAGGCUGAUGUUAUUGGAACUUCGACUGGAACCGUGAAGAUAUUGUUGUUAACUAACCCUCAAGACAUCCAGGCCGUGCUCACUGGUGACUUCCAGAAAUUCCACAGCCGUGGGUUCUUGAUCAAUCAAAAUGAUCUCUUGUCUGACAAUCUGCUCUUCAUGAACGAUAUUCAAAAAUGGAAAAUGAUUAGACAGAAACUCACGCCAGUGUUCACAAGUGCGAGACUCAAGAACAUGUUCUACAUCAUGGACAGAUGCGCUCGGGACUUCGUGGAUUUGGUUGAUGAUAAUCCACUCUUGAAGAGAAAGCCGUACACUUUGAUUUACACAUACACCACUGCUGCGAUUGGUGCCUCAGUGUUCGGUAUCGACACUCAAGCCAAGAGUACCAUGGACUCACCGUAUGUAGAUAUGAUAUGGAAAGCUUUAUCACCAUCGUUAAAAGGAAGCCUAACUCUCCUGACGGCUAACUUAAGUCCAACUUUGUAUAAAUUCCUAAAACUCAAAUUUCUUGGCGAUCACGAGGAUUUCUUUAUUAAUGUCAUGAAAAAUGUUUUUGAAAGCAGAAAAAAUGAUACUGAAAAGAGACACGACUUCAUUGAAAUCUGUUUAGAAUUGAAAAAGCAAGGUUUGUUAAAGGACUCGACAUCAGGUUAUGAACUGGAACCCAGUGAUGAACUAUUAGCCGCACAAGCGUUUUUCUUUUUCAUCGCCGGAGCAGAUACUUCUGGAAAUGUGAUACACUUUGCUCUAGUGGAGCUCGCGAGUAAGCCGAAAAUGUUAGCGAGACUACAUAAAGAAAUCGAUGAAGUGUUCGAAGCUAACAAAACUGACGAACUUGCUUAUGAAGACCUGGAUAAAAUGCAGUACUUAGACAUGGUAGUUAGUGAAUCAAUGAGAAAGUACCCUCCCAUCGGCAUCAUACAAAGGGUAUGCACAAGGGACUCCGUCCUGCCAUCUGGAGUGUCAGUAGAAAAGGAUGUUUUGUGCAUGGUACCAGUAUUGGCCGUGCAUAGAGACGAAAAGAACUUUCCGAAUCCAGAAGAAUUCGAUCCUGAGAGAUUCGCACCGGAGAAUGUAUCCGAUAUUAAGAAAUACACUUAUCUUCCAUUUGGAGAGGGCAACCGACACUGUCUUGGUGCCAGAUUUGCUCGCGUGCAAGUAAAAGCUGGUCUCGCCAGGCUGCUGCGACGGUUCACCUUGACUGAACAGGAACUGAAGCCAGUCGUGUUUGAGAAGAGCACCUUCGGUCUUCGAUCUGCCGACAUCUUUUACGACUUAAAACGAAGAGACAUUUAAAUUUGGAUAAGAAUAGAAUAGAAUAGAAUAUUCUUUAUUGUACACCAUGCAAUUACAGCAGUGAUUCUUAAAACAUACAAUGUUAGGGUACAAUGGCGGUCUUAUCGCUAAAAGCGAUAUCUUCCAGACAACCUUUGGAUGGACAGGAAAAUUAUCAUUAUGUACAGAGGCAGAUGGUGCACUAUUGUUAAAAACAUGUAAAGGUAUACAUAAGUUGAUAGGACUGAGUUUUGAAAGUGCAAUGAAGUUGUUUUGAUUAGUCAUUAAUUGCGCUUUUACUGAGACUUCUUAUGUAAAUAUUGUGCUAUUGUAAUGUUAUUUUAAAUGAUAAAUUAUUUUUUUGGUUCAUAAA